GCCGCCUUCCUCCACGUCAUUUCAAGGAAGAGGACACCCUGCGGGGCCGGCGAGCCGGCAGGAAAGAGAAAGCGAAAGGCAGAGGGACAGGGAAAGGGAUAGGGACGGAGGCGGCGCGGGGGGCUCGGCGCUGCGCGGGACCCGGCUGCCCCCCAGGUACCCGCGGCCGCCCCACAGCGCUGGGGCCUGGCUGCCGCCGCCCUCGCUGCCCCCGAGCUCCGUCCUUCGGCGGGCCGGGGAGAAAGGCGAGCCCCCGGCCUCAGGGCAGGGCUGCCCCUUGUCCUCCUCCCUGAGUUCCAGGGGAGGUGGUGAGGCUGGCUGCCGGGGGGGCAGUGCUCUGGAGGCGUGGAGGUGCUCCUCAGUUAUUUCACUUAACUUCAUCUGACCAUAACCUGAGGCUUACGCCUCGGUAAAUAUUGGUUUCGUAGCACAGAGCAGACUGGGACACUUGGUGGCUAACCAAAGGCAGCCUCAGCUUCCAGCCUUCAGCAGGUGCUGCGGUGUCAUACAAACGCUGGGCGCAGGAUUUGGGGAUACGAGCGCUAAGCGAGGUCAGGGCACUGGUGCCCACCCAUACUGGCAUUUUUGGGAGGUUGUGAGCACCGUCAGCACCCGUGGUGCAAAGUCCUGGUACUUCCCUGGCCUAGGUUUGCUUGAGAACUGGUGUGCCUUCAUGUCUGUCUGUCUGCAGAUAAAUGGCCUGUGAUCAUCUCUAAAUUCCUUUUUAUCUGCCCCCCACAAAAUCUUGUGGCAACAGGUUCCAGGUGUUACGUUAUCAGGUUUCAAUGGAUUUAUCAAGUUCACUGCUGCCUUUAGAAGAUAACGGUUUUUGCAUGACAACUCCUGGUCCUUCUGACACAUCCAAAGAUGAGAUGGAAAGUCUUAAACAAGAACUGGAAAAAUGGAAGGAAAGACUUGAAAACGCUGAAAAAGUAAAAGCUGACCUUCAAGUUUGUAAAUUAAGUGCUGACAAAGAAUAUGUUAAACUACAGGAUGAGCUGACAUCGCUAAAGGAGCUUGAAGAGAACCUUCAUAAAGAGAGUGUUAAGUCUAAGGACAUCCACGAGAAAGAACUUUGUGUACUAAACCAAGAAAACAGCAAACUGAAGAAAGAGAUUGAAAAGCUCAAAGAAGACCUUGCAGAAUGUAAUUCAGAGCUUUCGUGGGAUGGUAAGAUUGAAAAAAAGGUAGCAGACAUGAAAGUGGAGUUCACUCACAUGGAAGACACGAAGGAUGAUCUUUCAGAUAUCAAUACUCGCUGUAUUUUUUCUGUAACAUCAAAAAUCCCAUUCAAACUGAAUCAAAACCAGGCACUGCUUACUUUUGAAGAUGCAGAAGUUGCCCAGAGACUGAUAAAAAUGAGUAAGCAUACUCUGAACCUGGACAGAAGAACAACAGAUGUGAAAGCAAUGCCUUUUGCGCUCGGAAUGGGAAUCAAAUUUGAGCUCCAUAUCACUAUUUCUGGGAAGAAGAUUGAUGUUUCAGAAGUACCUGAGCUAUCAAUUCCUGAUGACUGGGUGAGAGACAAAUUAGAGCUGAGUUUCUACAAAUCUGAACAUGGAGGAGGAGAAGUAGAAAAUGUAAAAUACGACAAGAAGUCUAGAACAGCUGUUAUUACAUUCCUCAAACCUGGAGCAGCCAAUGGCUUUGUGAGAAGUACUAAAUGUCCUUUCUUUGUAAAUGGAAGGUACUACAGGCUUCAUGUGUCUCCAAGCACCAACGUACACAUGGAAAAGCUUCAGCUCUAUUCUGGGAUUUCUAAGAAUUCCAUUCUGCUGAAAGGAAUUGCAGAGACUGAAGAUGAUGAGGAAAGUGUACAGGACAUGAUUGAAAUUCAUUUUCAAAAGCCUAGUAAUGGUGGUGGAGAAACAGAGAGAAUCAAAUACGUAUCAAAAGGAGCUACAUGGGUUUGCUUUGAGGAGGACGCUUAGAAUGCCAAAUGGAAAAUGGGAGAUCAAACUCAUGAAGUUCUGACUUUUUGUUUCAUCUGAGACGCAGGAAGUUACAACAACACUUCUUGUAGAAUUGUGCUUAAAUGUUCAGAACUUUAUAUCUGAAAAAAGAACUACCUGUCUUUCUCAUUUGUUUAAUGGCACAGACUUUGCAUAGAAAUUCGGUAAAAUGUACUGCUUUGUGUUCCAGAUGUUCCUGAUUAAAGUCAAGGAAAAAGCCCUUACCAGCACGUAAAACUUAAUCUAAGAUUUGCGUUUUGAAAACCUGUAGACUUUUACUGAUUGGAAAAAAAAAAUAAAAUACUGCUUUUAGCUGUCAAAAUGCUAUUACUUCCUUGAUACUUCCUCUAGGAUCUGAUCCAAAUGCUAUUGAGCUUCUCAUAAAUUAAUAGCCUGGUUUAUUGUUUAGUAUUUGUUUCUACAAUUACAUUUUUGUUCCUUAUUUUUCAAAUUGAAAAUACUACAGUUAAGACUUCAGAUGAUUCUUUAAAACAGACUUCUUUGUAACAGUGCUGGAUUAAAAAAUCUGAUGCUGAA